AUGUUAAAUUAUAUAAUAAUAUUAAUAAUAUUAAAUUAUAUAAAAUGUGAUAAUAUAAUUUAUGAUAUAAAUGAUAAAAGUAGUGAUUAUGUAAUGAUAAAUGAAUUUAAAGCAACAUUUACAUCAACUUCUAGUAUGAUUCCAUAUCAAGAUAUUAAUAUUAUUAAAGUUAUUGAUCAAAAUCAUAUUUUAUGGGAAUCUAAUACAUUAAAUGAAUCUUGUACUUAUAUAUUACUUUUCAAAUUUGAAGAAAUAAUAAUGUUAAUAUUAAAAAUAAAAAAUAAAAAUGAAUAUAAAAAAUAUCAUUUAAUAAAAAAUAAUAAUUGGAUAAAUUUAGAUGAAAAAGAUUUUAAAGAAUUGUUAAUAGAAUUAAGAUUAAAAUUACCAAAUGAGAAUCAAAUAUUAAUAGAUAUAAAUAAACCAAAUGAAGAGAAAUUUAAAAUAAAAAGAAGAAAUAUAGGUGGUGCAGAUUUUAUAACAUUUACAACAUAUUAUCCAUAUAAUUUAAUAAAAAUAGUACAAGAUACUGAAGUAAUAUGGCGUGCAAAAUUAAAUGAAGAUUAUUGUAUAGAUUGUGUUGUAUAUAUGAAAAAUGAACAAUAUGAAUUAUUACAAAUAUUUAUAUGUACAAGAGAUUAUAUUGGUUUCAAAUUCUUUAAUAAAAUUAAUAAUCAAUGGGAAAUAAUAGAUAAAAAUGAUUUUUAUAAUAAAUUAUAUCAACUUGAUUUACAAGAAAAUCAACGUCAAAUUAAUCAAUCCAAUAUAGAUAGUAUUAGUGGGAGUGAGGGUAUGGGUAAGAGUGGGAAUGAGAGUAUAGUAGGUGAGGGUAAGAGUGAUGGUGUAGUGGGUAUAAUGAAUAAUAUAAUGAAUGAAUGUAAUUAUUAUAAAUGUAAUAAAUUUUUUUAA